CAUGCUCACUUCACUUCACUCUACUCUCCAAUAAUGACACUCCACAUCUCUUUUACAAUCAUUAUCAUAUGUUGCACGACUCUUCACAUCUUCACCGAGUCAACUCAGCCACCCUACGCAUGUGACUCGUCCAACCCGUCAACCAAACAGUACCCAUUUUGCAGAACCUCGUUGUCAUUCACCCAACGAGCUACUGACCUCGUUUCACGACUCACACUCGAUGAGAAGGUGAGUCAACUCGUGAACUCGGCUCCCGGGAUUCCUCGACUCGGUAUCCCCGCUUAUGAGUGGUGGUCCGAGGCUCUGCAUGGGAUUACGAAUGCGGGGAAGGGAGUUGAGUUCACGGGGAGGAUUGUGGGGGCCACUAGCUUCCCUCAGGUUAUUCUAACGGCGGCUUCUUUUGAUGCGCUUUUGUGGUAUCGCAUUGGUCAGGCAAUUGGAAGAGAGGCAAGAGCAGUGUACAACGAUGGAGAAGCUACAGGAAUGACAUUCUGGGCACCCAACAUAAACAUAUUCAGAGACCCCAGAUGGGGAAGAGGACAAGAAACGCCGGGAGAAGAUCCAAUGAUGACGGGUAAAUAUGCGGUUUCAUUUGUCAGAGGAAUCCAAGGAGAUAGUUUCCAAGGUGGGAAGCUCAAAGAUGGCGAUCAUCUUCAAGCUUCAGCUUGUUGUAAGCAUUUCACUGCUUAUGAUUUGGAUCGGUGGCAUGGGGUCACUCGCUAUGCAUUUGACGCUAUUGUGACAAAGCAAGACUUGGCUGAUACAUAUCAACCACCAUUCCAGAGCUGCAUUCAACAAGCCAAAGCCAGUGGAAUAAUGUGUGCAUAUAACCGUGUUAAUGGCGUCCCAAAUUGUGCUGAUUAUAAUCUCCUCACCAACAUUGCCCGCGGCCAGUGGGGUUUUAACGGGUACAUAACAUCGGAUUGUGAUGCAGUAAGUAUUAUUCAUGAUGCUCAGGGAUAUGCUAAAGUACCAGAAGAUGCAGUUGCUGAUGUUCUUAAAGCUGGUAUGGAUGUAAACUGUGGUUCUUACCUGCAAAACCACACAAAAUCAGCAGUUAUGGAGAAAAAAGUGCCAGUAUCACAGAUUGACAGGGCACUUCGCAACCUUUUUACUGUUCGAAUGAGGCUAGGGCUUUUCAAUGGAAACCCCAAGAAUCUAAUCUACGGAAAUAUUGGUCCGAAUUCAGUAUGUACAAAGGAGCACCUGAAUCUAGCCCUUGAAGCAGCUCGAAAUGGUAUUGUUCUGCUGAAGAACUCAGCAAAGAUACUUCCACUGUCAAAGACAAGAACUCAAUCUCUAGCGGUGAUAGGCCCUAAUGCAAACUCUGCAAACACACUUAUUGGAAAUUAUGCAGGCCCUCCUUGUAGAUCAAUCACGGUGCUUGCAGCGAUUCAGAGUUAUAUUCAGAACACAGUUUAUAAUAAGGGGUGCAAUGCUGUCAACUGUACUUCUGCUUCGAUCAGUGAGGCAGUAGAUAUUGCCAAGAAAGCAGAUCAUGUGAUACUUGUCAUGGGGUUGGACCAAAAUGAAGAGAGGGAGGAUUUCGACCGUGUAGACUUGGUGCUUCCUGGAUUGCAACAGAGUCUCAUUACCAGUGUUGCUAAGGCUGCUAAGAAGCCUGUGAUAUUAGUCCUGCUUUGUGGAGGUCCCGUUGAUGUUUCGUUUGCCAAACACAAUCCAAAGAUAGGAGGCAUCUUGUGGGCAGGCUACCCAGGCGAAGCAGGAGGAACUGCGCUAGCAGAAAUCAUCUUUGGCGACCACAACCCAGGAGGAAAGUUGCCCUUAACAUGGUAUCCAAAAGAUUACGUCAAAGUACCAAUGACAGACAUGAGAAUGAGGCCUCAACCAUCAAAAGGCUAUCCAGGACGCACUUACAGAUUCUACACAGGCAAAAAGGUGUAUCCAUUUGGCUAUGGUUUGAGCUACUCAAGAUAUUCGUACAAUAUCGUAUCUGUUACAGAAAGCCAACUUCAUUUGAAUCCAUUAUCAGUAAAGCAAGGGCUGUCAAACUCAAGUUCAGCUCAGUACAUGAUGGUUUCAGAAUUGGGGACAGAGUCAUGUGAGAAAGCUAAAUUCUCAGCCACCGUAGAAGUUCAAAAUCACGGGGAAAUGGCCGGCAAACAUCCUGUUUUACUAUAUGUUAAACAGGCCAAGCACAGUAAUGGAAUGCCAAUGAAGCAGUUGGUAGGAUUCCAGAGUGUUGCCUUGAAUGGAGGAGAGAAGGCUGGAGUUGAGUUUAUUCUCAAUCCUUGCGAGCAUCUUAGUGUUGCUGAUGAAAAUGGUGAGAUGUUGAUUAAUGCUGGAUCUCAGCAUCUUGUCGUGGGAGACGCUGAAUAUCCGAUCUCGAUAGUGCUAGACCAAGGGGUAUAACCUUCAAGAUGAAAGUCAAAUUCUUGUUCUUUUUGGUGGUGAAUUUUGUUCAGAAACCUUCUAUUCAAAAAAAAAGGAUACUUGAAUGGAUUUUGCUACCAGUUUCUAUAACUACUAUUCACUUUAGUUUUCUUUGCCCAAUACUUCAUCAAAAUCUCACUUCAGGAUUUGCCACUUCAAUGAUAAGGUUUAUUGUGUAACGGUGUACUACUUAUGUUGAUGAAUAUGGAAGCACACAAGACAAUGCAUUCCAGUGUGAAGUUUAUCACUUUA